UCUGGCAAAAGCCCAGUUGGCUCUUGAAGACACAAAGACCAAAUCAGCCACUACUCUUUUGGCAGCAGAAGACGAAAUUGUUCAGCUAAAAGCAGCUCUGAAGAAUUCCCGUGCCCAAGAGAAGGAUGCCCUGAGGAAGUUAGAUCGUCUGAAUGACUAUGAGCAGCAGAUUGAAAUACUGCGGGAUGAGAUUUCUAUCCUGGAUGCCCAAAAGUCUGUUCUCCAGAACAGGCUUGCACGGAGCCGCUCUCCCUCCCCAAGGCACAGUGAGAGCAAGUCACCUAGCCCACUUCCCCUGAGGAGCUGCUCACCUGGCCGAGCCAGACGUACAAACGCUUCGCGUCGUGCCUACCUGGUAGCUCGCUUUGGUGACAUUUAUGCUCAAGAACGCUUGGAUGCAGAGACCCUUUUGAGGACCUACAUUAGUGACAUGGAGAUGGUGCAGAGGAUAAUAUACAUUGCAGCUGUGGAGUCUUUUCAUGCAGCAAAAAUGGCCUACAGGCAGUUCAAAAUACGUGUAAGAGAGACUCUGUCUCUAGGUCACUCGGGGCCUGAGUCACUUGAAGACACUGUCCUGGAUUAUAUAGUUCGCCAUGAGGAUCUGUAUGAUGUUCAAGCCAGUGUCAAUGAAGUAAUUCACUCCAUGAACAUCAACCCAAAGAUUUCGUUUCCACCAGAAAUUGAUUUCAUUGUGAUCAGCACUUUGAUUCGAGAGUUGUGCCGUGUGGCUUUUUCAAUGCAGACACUCACUCCUCCUCUUGAUAUUGCCUUUGGUACUGAUGGAGAACUUUUCAGUGAGACCAAGUACCAUCGUAGUUUUCACUCUGAUUUCACAGCUGCCUUGGUGGCCUAUCAUGUAUGGCCUGCACUGAUGGAAAAUGAUGUUGUAAUUGUGAAGGGAGAGGCAGUCACAAAAAGAGGAGCUCUGUGGUCUCACAGAAGUAGAAGUAGAAGCAGAAGCCGCAGCCGUAGCACCAGUCCUCUUCUAUCUCAUCAUUUGUCUCGAAGCCGCAGUCCUUCACCACUGAGGAGCGGAAGCCCAA